AUGGAUACCCCGGUAAGGCGCAGCCGGCGGCUAGAAGGCCUAAAGCCUGAAUCCCCCGAGGAGGCCUCCUCAGUUUUGCGGGCGCGACGGGCCAUUGUGGAGUUCGAGUCGAACCCAGAGGAAACGAAGGAGCCCGGGUCCCCUCGGAGUCCUCCCAGACAACCGGGCCUGAGAUCCCCCCGACGUCAGGCGGAAACUAGCCCAAGAUCAGCCAGUCCCCGGCAGGAUGUAGGACUGGGGUCUCCCCGAAGGCAGCCAGAGCCGGGUCCAGGGUCCCCUCAGCGUCAGCUACAUCCAGGCCUGGAGUCACCCCGAAGACAGCCGGAAUCGAGCCCUAAAUCCCCCGUGCUUCAGCCAAAGCCAAGUGAGGAGUCACCAAGGUUCUUCCAGCACCAGGGAGAACAGGACCCGGACCAGGGUGGACCUGACUCGGACUUGGCCCAGAGUAAAGAGGAGCUGGCCCCGGGGUCUCCCAGACAUCACCAGCAGCCGGGCCCAGGAUCACCAGAGCCGUCCCCAGGCCAGCAAGCGACAGGUCCGGAGCCCUCGCGUCCGCUACGGGAGCUGCCACCUCAGUCACCCGGCUCCCCCCGGGGUCAACCCGAGCCCUGCAAGCCAGCAACCCCGGCCGAGGAGACGAGGCCAGGCGGCGUAGGGGCAGAGAAGCGAAGAGGUUCUGCAGCCCAGGCCCCAGCGUCCAAAAGGUUGAAGAAGGAGGAGGAGCAAGUUCCGAUGAUCCCGAAGGGGAAGCCCAAGUCCGGGCGGGUUUGGAAGGAUCGCUCCAAGAAGAGGUUCUCCCAGAUGGUUCAGGACAAGCCCCUGCGAACAUCCUGGCAGAGGAAGAUGAAGGAGCGGCAAGAGAAGAAGCUGACCAAGGACUUUGCCCGGCACCUGGAGGAGGAGAAGGAGAGGCGCCGGCAGGAGAAGAAGCAGCGCCGGGCCGAGAACCUGAGGCGUCGCCUGGAGAACGAGCGGAAGGCAGAGGUCGUCCAAGUGAUCCGAAACCCCGCCAAGCUCAAGAGGGCAAAGAAGAAGCAGCUCCGGGCCAUUGAGAAGCGAGACACCCUGGCCCUGCUGCAGAAGCAGCCGCCACAGAGGCCGCAGCCAAGAUCUGACCUCAAGACGGCUUGA